AGCGAGAGGAUUUACUCAGCCCAAAAUCUGUCAGCGUGAGAUAAUUGUUUUUGUUUUACCUUAGUGGAGAUAUCCUUUUUUUCUAUGGAGGUCUAUAAGAGUUUCGAAUGCCUUAAGGCCGUAUUGAUCGAAUAGAAGUUUCGCAUUGUUUAGUCUGUUAAAAUGUGCUGAUAUAAUUGGAUGCAUGUGGAAUUCUGACAACUUUGAGAAAAACGACUUGGUUUUGCCUGUUGUUCACACGCGUGUCUGCCCUCUCAUUGGCUAGAAUUGUCCCAGCUGUUCUCGCCUGCCUUCGAUCACUGAGCACAUUUCCAUUGUUAGAGCGGUCACUCAGCUAUCUUGUCAAUAUAUUACAUCAUCUUUGUUACCAGUCGAACCAGUGGUAGGUAACGGGCUCACUCAGUGUUGGGAAUGCAGCCGCCACUCCCGCCAGAUGAAGUCAGAGAGCUGGUGUGUUCCUGUCUUCACAGGGACCCAGUAGCUGCUGACCUGAGAUGCAGCCUGUUUGUUGCUGCUGCUCAGAGCUACAAGAGGGACUCACUGCUCAGACCCUACCCCCCCAGAUAUAUCAGAGACACUGACACCAAGGAGUUUGAUGAGCUGCUGUCAGAUGUGAGCAGUUUGCCUGGUGUGAGGGAGCUGGUGAGAUUGAGACCUGGCAAAGCUGACCAUCAUCUGGCCCUCACACACUGGGUUCUCUUCUCCAAGAGCUUCGCUGUGAAGACACUACAGAAAGACGAGUAUGUCAAGCUCUGUAACCUGACAGAGGCUGAGGGGAUCUCUACGCCGGUCCCGGACUUCCUGUUUGAGCUAGAGUACUGCGACCAGAUGAACGUUAAGUUUGAGAAGACGCGGGCGGGACGUGACCUCUUCUAUGCAUUCCACGGCAGCCGACUGGAGAACUUCCAUUCUAUCAUACACAACGGACUACACUGCCACCUCAACAAGACGUCAUUGUUCGGAGAGGGCACCUACCUCACCAGUGACCUCAGCAUGGCGGUCCUCUACAGUCCCCAUGGCAACGGUUGGGGCGACAGCCUCCUGGGACCGUUGCUAAGCUGUGUCGCCAUGUGUGAGGUCAUUGACCACCCAGACGUCAAGUGCCAGGUAAAGAGGAAAGACUCUGAGACCAUUGACCGGCAGCGAUCCAGAGCCAGGAACAGUGAAGGAGGAGAGGUCCCUCAGAAGUACUUUGUGGUCACCAACAAUCAGCUGCUCCGAGUCAAAUACUUGCUAGUGUACUCUCAGAGAAGACACCUGUCCAGACAUUCCCAGGGCAGGUCGUGGCUGGUCAGACAUCACUUUGCCAUUAUGAUGAGUCUCUACCUACUGCUUCUCAUCUUCAUCGGUACCUUCAACUCCACCACAUUCCUCUCCUUCUGGAACCGGCUCUUCCGGUGAUGUCACAAUCACAACACUGGCUCUUACGGUGACGUCACAAACACAGGAGGACACUCUUCCGGUGACGUCACAGAACGGUCAUGGUGCUUUUCCACUUCAGCCCAAGAUGGUUCAGCCUGAGGCUUUCUAUGGGCUUAAACCCUGGUGUUUUUACUAGGGAAAUAGUUUCCUUUCCAUCCCUUGGGCUUGACCCUAAGGCACGAGUGUGAAACUCAUUCCACGGAGGGCUGAGUGUCUGCAGUUUUUCGCGCCUCCCUUGUACUUGAUUGAUUAAUUAAGGUCACUGAUUAGUAAAUAACUCCCCUCACCUGGUUGUCUAGGUCUUAAUUGAAAAGAAAAACCAGCAGACACUAGACAAUCCAUUGAAUGAGUUUGACACUUCGAACUUGGGAAGAGCAGUGUGUCAAGUUCAACAACAUGUGAAAUUUCAACAGUUUCUUAUGAGAAGGAAUAGUUCAUCUAGACAUGGACCAUUCUUCUCAUUCAUAGUGCCUUCCCUAACACAGAGACA